GGCGGCGCCAGUUUCUUCUGUUCUUUUUAACUGUUUUUAACCUCGUUUUUGCGGCGCACGCUAGGUGCUAGAUGUGCGUGGUGCGAGCGCUUAGUAAACACUUGUAAAUAAAUUCGGUCACAGUGUUCCGAGCGUUUGAAAGAAGGUUGUUAUAAAACCGAUAGAAAUUCAACUAAUAAUUCGCUGACAAUGGUAAAGCUAACGCCGGAACUCAUAGAGCAGUCGAUGCAGUACAUCAAUCCUGUGCGGGAUCGCGAAUUGGAUCUUCGAGGAUAUAAGAUACCCACUAUCGAGAACUUGGGCGCGACCUUGGAUCAGUUCGACACGAUAGACUUCUCCGAUAACGACAUACGUAAAUUGGACGGUUUUCCACUUUUGAAAAGGAUAAAGACCCUGUUCUUCAAUAACAAUCGCAUCGUCAGAAUUGGUGAAGGACUGGAACAUUCCAUACCGAAUUUGCACACUCUGAUGUUGACUGGCAAUAUGAUACAAGAACUGAGUGACCUGGAACCUCUGAUACCACUGAAGAAUCUUACAAAUUUGUGUCUGCUGCAGAAUCCAGUGUCCGCCAAGCCACAGUACAGACAGUACAUUGUCUACAGAUUUCCUCAACUCAGAUUACUUGAUUUUCGAAAAAUUAAGCAGGCGGAACGUGAGGCGGCGACGGAAUACUUCAGAAGUAAGCGUGGCACGGAGAUGGCACGCGAGAUAGCUAAAAAGGUGAAGGCGCAAGCGGCGGGUACAGCUGCGGACAAGCCUUUGACCACUCCCGAGGAACGUAACAAAAUUCGAGAGGCUAUUACGAAUGCAUCUUCCUUGGAGGAGGUGCAAAGGCUCAGUAAAUUGCUACAGGCUGGUCACAUACCCGGCGAGGAAAGAUUUCAAAAUGGUGGAGCUGCGGAACCUAUGGAAGAGGAUGAUGAUUAAAUUAUAAUUUAACUUUGCAAAAAAAACAAACUUCCUUUUGUAAGUAUGCACCGUGAUGGAAUAGGGUGUAAUAAUAGCAUGUAUGAUGCUGAUAAGAAAGUUGUAUACUACACACACAGUUCUAUUACUGUCUUUAAAAUAAUAUGGAUACUACUUUUUUGUACAAAUAAAAUAUCGAGAUUAGCCUUGAAGCGAUUUCCCUAAUUACUCCUCACUAUUACAUUGAACUUUAUUUUAAUAUACCAAUGUGUUUAUUUCAGCAAGAACAAUAAAGUUUCUUCAAGCAA